GGGCUCCUCGGCGGCCGCAGCGGGACACGGGGUGCGACAGGGCAGAGGGGAGUGACGAGAGCGAGGCGUGGGUCGCUGCUGGGCUGGAGGACUGUGCGUGUGUGGCGGGGGGUCGCCGGGGCCCUGCCUCGCUAACGGCGGGGCAGCCCGGCCUGCGGGGGGGACCCCGCGGAGCCCCUUGGCUGCCCCGGGGCGACCGCCGACAGCCCGGACCUGUCGGUGUCAGGAGUGGGAGCGGCAGUUCUGCGGUCCCGCGCUGCAGCAGGUUGGGAUGUCGGUCUCUAUCCUUUCCUGUCACAUGGCUGGUAAUAGGAUCCCUCAUCUGCCACUCGGCACCUCGCCGGGGCGCACUUACAGGACACAUGCUGUAGGGCCUCCGCUUCCCGCACUUUGCGCUCUUCCCGGCCGCCUGCCACCCCCGGAGCGCUGGGGCUGCGUCCUGCGGGCGCCGUGCGGCCCGGUGGCCGCUGCCCAUGGAGCCUCCCGCCCUCGCCGCCGUCCUGGCCUUGUCGGGGCUGGCGCUGAGCUGCUGCCGCGAACCCCUGCAGUCCGAAUGUUACACAGCAAAUGGGGCUGACUAUCGUGGCACUCAGAACCAGACUUCCCAAUAUGCAGGGAAACCUUGUCUGUUUUGGAAUGAGACCUUUGAGCAUCCUUAUAAUACUGUGAAAUAUCCCAAUGGGGAGGGAGGGCUUGGAGAGCAUAACUACUGCAGAAAUCCUGAUGGAGAUGUCAGCCCGUGGUGCUACAUUGCAGAGCAUGAGGAUGGAAUAUAUUGGAAAUACUGUGAGAUUCCAUCCUGCCGAAUGCCAGGGAAUCUGGGGUGUUACAAGGACCAUGGAGAACCACCACCUUUGACUGGCACCAGUGAGACCUCCAAUAAACUUACUAUCCAAACAUGCAUCAGUUCCUGCCGAAGUCAACAAUUUAAGUUUGCAGGCAUGGAAUCAGGUUAUGCUUGUUUCUGCGGAAAUAACCCUGACUACUGGAGAUACGGGGAGGCAGCCAGUACGGAAUGCAACAGUGUUUGCUUUGGAGACCAUACUCAGCCUUGCGGUGGGGAUGGCAGAGUCAUUCUUUUUGACACCCUUAUUGGUGCCUGUGGAGGGAAUUACACUUCUGCUACAGCUGUGAUCUACUCCCCAGAUUUUCCUGACACAUAUGGCACAGGCAAAGUCUGUUACUGGACCAUACAAGUUCCAGGAGCAUCUCGAAUCCACUUCAGCUUUGCCCUUUUUGAAAUCAAAGAUGCUACAGAUAUGGUGGAAUUGCUGGAUGGCUAUACCUACCAUGUUCUAGCUCGUUUUAAUGGCAAGAACCGGCCUCCCCACACCUUUAACAUCUCUUUGGAUUUUGUCAUUUUGUACUUUUUCUCAGAUGACAUCAAUCAAGCCCAGGGAUUUGCUAUCAGAUAUAGAGCUGUGAAGGACAAUGUGCAUCAAAACAAGACUCCAGUGAAUCACACCCUUUCAGAGAGGAUAAAUGAACAAGCAAAUCUCAGCAUCAAUGCAGCUCGGUCAUCAAAGAUACUUUAUGUCAUCACAACCAGCCCAAGUCAUCCUACCAGCUCCAUGCCUGAGUGGACAAUAUACAGUCUCACAGCACUGCUCAUCCUAAGUGUUACAGCCAUAAUAGCAAAGAUAAUUCUCCACGUUACCAUGAGAUCCCAUCAGAUUCCAUCCACAAGUGAAACUGAAGAUUGCAGUGAUGUCACCACUGCCGGUGAGAUCUGGAGUAUAUUUUACCAACCCUCCACAUCCAUAUCCAUCUUCAAGAAAAAGCUCCGAAAUCAGCAGGAUGAUUGCAACCCACUCGUGGGAAACUAAAGGGCCUUCUGUUUUACAAGAAUUGAUCUUCUUAAGAUCCAGGUGACUUGAGAUUAGUCCUUCCUUUUUUUCUCCCAGUCUCAUACUUGUUUUCCAAAAAGUCCGUUUCCAAAGACCUUUUGAGUGACUUUGCCUAUCUGCUGUUCUCUUGGGUAUAUUAGUGACAACGGAUUUAACUGCAGCAAUACUUUUGAAGUAUCUGGUGCUCAUCAAAUCUGUAGUGCUCUUAAUUACUGCCUUUAAACCACUGCACUUAAAAUAUAUGUAAAAACUUGUAAAAUUCAAAAUGUCCUUUACCCCUGCCAGAGGUAACCGAGUGAGUAUCUGCAGGUUGAGGAAUUAUUGUGUCCUGCUUUCCUGUAUCACUGUAUUUUAUCAGGCUACUUUAGUCCUUUUAUUCUCAAGGCUGAAGACAGAGGUAGGUACAGAUAACCUGUUCAGCUGCCACAGCAACCAGAGCUUAUUGGCCCUAAUGUAAACACGUCUAAACGGUACUAGAGAGUAAAAUGGGAACCAAAGCCUUGGAAAACAUACCAGCCUGGUUGCCCAGUGCUCUGCUGUUUCUACAUUUUCUGUUUCUACAAGUAGAGAUGCACAAAUGAAAAUCAAAUUCAGGAGCUGCUCUAUCAAGUAUCAGCUGCAAAUACACGUUUUGAUGGAGUCCUGCUCACCAGGGCAAGGCCUGCACGAGCAAUGAAGCCUUUUAAAUGACUGUGUGUGACCCAUCAUUCACUGAUGUUUAUGAUAAUUUUGUUCAUAUUCACAGUGAUCCUUUAAAAAACCAUUGUACUGCAGCCCGAAGUCCAGCAUCCAUUCUGGGUGUAAGUUUAGGGCUUCUUAAAGGAUUGCCCAGAGAUACUGUAAAUCCACUGAAUUUUUAAACAGUGAAGCUAACAAAUUUUUACUCUGAAGUUACAGAUAUUAAUCUCAGCAGCCUAAAGUGGGAUCAGCAAGUUCAGAGCAUCAAGAUAUUUAGGAAAAACUGUCAAUGCAGAAGACAGAUAAACUGACUGGCAAAGUUUACUGAGUGAGCAGCUCCUCAAACUAUGUUUGAGGAAAUUCACUGAGAACCAUUAAACUGGUUAGUUUAAACACAUACAAUGGUCUGCAUAUAUGAGACAUACCAUACAUGCAGUCAGAGAACACCUAUUAAGAGCAUCUACAAAAGGUAACUAAGAAAAGUAAGAAAAUUGUCACCAAAUUCAUUAUAGUAUCUGCCCUUAUGUUUUUUAACAUAUAAUUCCCUCCCCUUCACGUGGGCUACAGAUUUCCUUGAAAAAAUAGGGCAUCUAAGAAUUAAACAAUGAAAUAUUGUGCCUUACUUGCCAUUGUAGAUCUAGUCUUUUACCUGAACUGAAUUCAAUCCAGCUCUAUUUAUGUAGCACAGAUGAGUGCCAGCAACAGCUGAACAAUGCCACCAUAUGUGCCUAAAAGAAACAAGACCUUUUUACUAAGCCAGCAAUUAUGAAAUUGUUUAUAUCAAAAAUGGAAUAUCAUGGGAACAUCUAGUACUUUCUUGCAUGAGCUGCUGGAAAGAAUACAGGAAACUAUAAUUACUGUAUUACCUAAAAUCAAGAUAGGACGAGUUGUAAAAAAUACGCUGCUGGUUCUCUCUUCCGUGCCUUCAUGUUAGACCAAAACACAUUAUCUGCCUCAAACCAACAAAAAUUCUGAAACUGCCUUUUUAACAGUCAGGCUUUGCAUCAUGCUGCAUAGAGAAAGAGUCCAACUCACAGAUUCAUAGCAGAACAAAGUAGGUUGGUUCCUAAGCGUGCUUAAUGUGGUGCACUAAUAGAAAACCAGGAGGAGAGAAUUGCAGUGUGGUGCCCAGACCCUUAAGAGUUGUUAGGAGCACAUAGUGCUUAUCACAAACUGGUGAAGCUUUGUUUGCUUGCCUCAUCAAAUGUUCGUGAACAGUUAAACAUAUAGAGUAAAAGAGACAUUCACAAAGCAGUUAGCUACUGCUGAUAAACUGAAAAAACCAUCAGGAAUGCCCCAUGACUGAUUUUUACCUACUGCAGGAAACUACAGAACUGCUAGGCUUCUCUUCCUUAGUAAAGAAUUUAAGUUCACUAUAAAGUUGGAGACAAGCAUUAAAAACAACAACUAAGACUGAAGCCACUAAUGGAAAAUCUAGAGAAUUUAGAAAGAGAUUUUUGCAUCAGUCCCUUAGCUUCUCAACUGUUUUUUAUAUAAUAAAAUCGCAUUUCAUGGGCCUUUCUUAGGGAAUGCUUAUCGAAUUUCUGUACAAAAGACCCAUAAAACCAGCAGUUACAGCAGAUUAACUGGUCAUGGCAACAAAAAACAUGACUAUGCAGAAGGUAUUGGACAGUGCAUGAUAAAAGCUCAGUGGAAAUUGUGAGGUCCCCAUUUCCCCCCCACUCCCGCAAAUCUUACAGAUUAUCUGAUUCUAGAUACCUCUAAUGCUUGCAAACAGAGCAACAGAUGGAAAUGCAUGAACAGGGGCCCUUAAAUAGCACUUGUUACUGUACAGGCCUGAGACCUUAAAGAGCAGGUAGAUCUCUGCUGUGAAUUUUUUCCAAAUGUGGUUCUGUCACUCACACUCCUCGUACAAGCACUUCAGGGUGUGGUGGUAUAUGGCCAAGGUAUAUGGUAUCCAUUAACAUAGCACUUUUUGAUAUUUGCUGUAAGGGUCUGGGGGGAGAGAGAAACAAGACGUGUGACAUGCACAACUGUUGUAAUCUCACAUGAUUCAGCAUGCCCCUACUACACAAGCAGCUGAGUGCUGACAGCUGGGGAGCACGGACACCUCAGGAGGUUAUUGUUUACACCACUUUCUUCAGCAAAGUGAAAAUAACUGCAGAAGAAGAAUUUGUUUGGAAUUGUAUCAGAAUGGCCUUCUGAUGUCCUGCCUAUCAGUUCCCUCAAUAGGCUGGACAGGCUGCAGGUCUGACAUUGGCUACAAUGUCAAAAGCAACUGUUUUGACAACAAAAUAAUCCUGAGGAGAUGCCUCCUCAUAUACAUACAUGCAUUCCAGCUCCAGCUCCGGCCCCCUUCUCACUCUGGUGUCGGUCUGACCGGCUGUGUGGUGCUGCAAUAAACUGACAGGUCAAAAAUUGCCAUCGCCUUUUCUUCUCUGAGUUACUUUUCACAGAGAUGAGCUCUCUGAUACUGUUUAUUGGGUGGUUGCAGAGAGAGAUGAGCUAACACAGCUAAGUGGACAAUAAGCCAUAGGAAAAAGACAAGUUGUCUGCCCCAGAAGCUGGGGCAGCGAGUGCUUCUGCUGGCACUGCCACUGCAGCAACCUGCGAGCCUCGACGCUGCGUGCCAGAGCCUACACUGUGUGUGGACCUCAGGUGGAAAGGGGCCAGCUGGACAAGUGCCUUCCCUAAUUCAAAAUCUAUGUUUAAAACUAGUUUAGUUUGUUGACUAAAUGAUUUUAUAUGUAUUUUUGUCUUAAUAUUGUUAUGUUGUGGGGAAAUAGAGACUGUGUUAUGUAAAAAUGUGUGAUAUGUUAUCAUAGUAAUAUAUAUAUUUAUAUAUGUAUAGGAAAUGCAUUAUUUAAUACAGCAUAUUAUGCUUAUAUCUUGCUAACAUUUUAUAGGAAGAAAAGAUGUUAGUUUACACUCUGGGAAAAAUAAAUUUUCUAUACACUGUAACCGUAGGAAAAAAAUCAAAGAUACUUUUUUGGUAUCUAUAACAGAAGGUCAUUGAGAACAGGGUAACUCAGACUCAGUUCUAUGGCCAAAUAGAUGCUGAUGAAACAACUGCUUUAAGAAGCACUUACCUCCUUUGAAUCUCAUUUCUAGCUUGUAUUUGUAUUAGAUUCUACAAAUUCAUAUGCAUAUACUCUCUGAACCACUUUUUCCUUCAAACAAACAGCUGAUCUGCUUUUUCAAAGCAUUAACGUCGUCCUUUUUAGAACUUGUUUCUGCCACAUUUUUUACAGCCAGCACAAUGCUGAGGAAGUUUAUCACAUUGCUCAUGCAGACAACUUAGUGGGAUUGCAGAAUUAUAGUGUUUGUAUUCCAAGCCCCCCUGGCAGGAGUAUAAAUGGGAGAUUUUUACAGAUAGUCCUGGAAGCUGUACUGAAUGUGCAGCCUGUAUGACUACAGACCAAACCCAUCAGCAGACACAUGGCUGCCACUGAAUGAGCAUGACCAGCUAUUCCACUUUCAUCUUCUGCUUAAUGAGCCUUCUCAGGCAGUGGGAAGGACUACUAACAGAUUUUUCUAGUGCACCACUUUGCCUAAAGGAAGGGUGAACUACAAAAACAACUGACAAAUACUUGUCCAACUAGUUCUUAAUACCUUGCAUCAAUAUUUCACAAUCUUCCAAAGAAAUAUAGUUCAGUGAUAGUUUCACCUGAAUAUUGUUCUAGGCAUUUAUGAACUCUGCUACUCAUUUAUGAAUUCUGCUACUUUGAGAGUGAAAAAUAGAAUUCUCUUCAGACCACACUAUUUUUCCUAUGACAACACAUUCCUGAUACACAUACAUUUCAUGCAGCUCAUACUUUGUCAAAUUUACUGAGCACCUGUGCUUUGGGGUGAAACUCGGCAUUCUGAAUUUCAGUCUCAAGACAACUUACUACAAAUGCAAAGGCAUGAACCACAUAAGGCUGUCAAGAAACCAGAAUAAAUCAAACUUGAGAUGACUCACCACUGAAAUAUGUGCUGUGUUUAUAGCUGGUCACCCUGCAUUCAACAAAUGGCUGUAAAUAAUAAUUAUGAAAAAAUAAAUACAUUUGUGCAGAAGGAGUUAUUAGGACUGCUAACAUGUAUAAAGGAGGCAGAAACUGCUGCAGUUCACCAGCAGAUUACAACGGGGUUGUCCGCUGUGGAGGUUAGAAGAGAAUAUCUGAGCUGAAAAUGCUGAGAAUGAUUACAUAUAUAAAGUAUAAUAUUGCUCUGACACACAAUUUCUGAGGUAACAGCAAAUUGAAAGUUUUCAGUUUACGUGUUUUCAGACUGUUACAAAGAACUGUAACAAUUCUUUCAGUGUUUUCUUUACGAAUUGCAGUAACAUGUAAUGCUGUUUCCACUUACUUGUGAGAUUCAUCUUUUCUUUAAUUAAUUCCUCCUGACCAAAAUAAUGCUACAGUUUAGGAAAUCUUCAGUGACCUUUUAUGUAAACACCAGAAUACCAGUGUCAGAUACCCAAACUGUCUCCAGCUUUUCAUGUGAAGACUCAAACUCUCUUUUUCUCUUAGAAAAGCAACUGUCACAGGGGACUGGCCUCCCCUUAGACAGGGUAGGUUACUCUGCUCUCCUUUCUUGCCAUUCCAGUUAUGAGACUCCUCUUGCACUUUGGUUUAUUCUGGGAACUGUUGCCUUUUUUUCUGUUGCCGUUUCCUAAGCAACAGUUUCAUUCCCCAUGAGAGAAAUGUGUUCUUGAUUCUGAAAGGGACGCUUUUCUAUGAAGCAUUUAAGUCACAGGGGCACGGCGCUUUCACUGCAAGAUAAAAUAUCCAAUUUCAGGUAUGCUGUUGUCUCCCUGGCCAAAGAAUUAGGCCAGGCUGGCUCCACGGGGUAUGAACACAGCCAUCCUUUUAAGGGCAUUUUUCUCUUCACACUACCCAAGUAACAACAAACGUUACCUAACAGCUGUCACAGGAUUUGACAGAUGCACAUGAUAUUGCAGAUAAUGUUACAGAAACACCAAGUGUUACUAUAAUGUACAAUCCAUUAAGAAUAGUCUGCUCCUGCUUGUCUUUUUUUACCGUAUCGAGAUUCUGUGGAGGUUUGUGGUGCCCAAAGGACUCUCAUUUUGCCACUAAUUUGUUCCUUAAACAUUGAAUCUCAAUAGAAAAAAGAACUGUCCCCUGCCAAGUAUCAAAAUUUUCAUUUUUGACAGAAAAUAUUUACAUUUAGUCAUUUUAAAAAAGCCACAACAAAGAAGAAACAGAAUAUCACACACACAACUAAGCAUCACAUAAAAAGUUCAGCCAGCAGCCCACAACUGUCUUUCUCAAAGAAAGAGAGGAUGAGCUCACUGAUUAUUUUGUGGGACAGCAAGAGUGAAGGUAUGCCCUGCUCUUAAAGGCACAAUCACCUCACAGUUUUCUUCAGAACAAGAAGCAAGAAAACAAAACACAACUCAACAAUAGCAAGUGGGGGGGUGGAGGAAGGGAAGAGGAAGGAGACUCAGAUGUGACCUGUCAACACAGGUGCAUCAGCCAAACACAGAUGGCAAGUUUUAUGCUGUUUGAAAAAACAGUUGUUUAAUGACCUGAUUUGCAGAUAAAAUGCCAAGAUCCCGUUUUCCAAGUGGAAAAAGGGGCAGGUACUUUAACUGAGAAGUGCUUGCUGAUGCUUCUUAACUCCUGCCUGCCUGUUGCUCUUCCAUUAUUGUGCCUGUCUUUGCAUACAGACAGGCUUUCCCACUGUACCUGAGAUGAGGACGAUAACUGAUCCUCCUGCCACAAAGGGUCCCAUGCAAAAUGACACUCCAGUUCAACAGGCUGUCAUCCCAAACAUGGAGUUUUCACAUAUAAAGGGGGUUGGAGAGAAGUAAGGCUCAUUUCUUGGCUGAAUCCUGAGGUGACUGAAUUACAGUGCACUUGAACAUGGAUAAGAGGAGGGGAGAGUCCAGGGGAUUACUUGGUAAAAAUCUCUGGGAGAAGGAAGAAACUGGAGGAGGAGUCUGGAAAAGAUUUUUUGUGUGUGUUUGUGUGUGUAUCUCUGGAUGGGAAAUAUGCAUGAAGGCAAACUGUUUACACAAUAACAUACAAACAUGUAUCACAUAAAUGUAUACACACACACACACACUGCCACAUAUCCCCAGCCCCCCCUCUUUCAGUGUCUGCAUAGACAUCUUUGGUCAAACUGUGCUCUCUGCUGACAAAACAAGUAGCACAGCACUGAUUAUCACUUCAGUGGGACCAGUAAUUUCAUGGUCCAAGGCAAGGAUCUGGAUCUAGCUUGACUAUUCAAGCUAUGAUUCAUCCAGUUGCAUCCACCUCCAUCAUGCUGGUUCAGGUCUCAAAACCAUUUUAUUUGAGGACAGUAAAUUAUUUUUACCUCAAAUUAUACCGGAAUUAAGUUGCCCUGCCACAAGGAACAGGCAGGUUCCAAACAUAAAGGCUUUCCUAAGCCUUUGCUUUUCCUUCUGUGCCUGCCUCCCUCUGUAACCUUUGUUCCCCCACAAGGAAUGGAGCUUCCCCCACCUCAACAGCAACCACAGCCAGGUGUGAGCAGGGACACUGAGGCACCAGGCACCCUCAUGAACACUCACCCUGUUCACUCACACCUGGGGACAGUUAAAACUGUCCAGUACUGGACUCACACUGUGCACAACACCUGGUAAAUUCAACUGUGGCACUCGGGGAAAAUUGAAUGGUCCUAAGAACAUUAUGGGUUGCCUCCAAAGGAAACCACAACCACUUAUGAUCUCUAUGUGUGUGUAUGGAUAUACAUAUCCACCUAUCUGUUAUUUAAAAAAAAAAGAAAAAAAGAAAAAUGUUGUCUAUUAGAGUCCAUCUCAGCAUAUCUAGGACUGUACUUUGAGGAGAACAACUAUCUGUGUCCUUUCCCCCAAAACAAGAAGAACAACUCCCACAUGUAUAUGCAAUAAAACUGUAUUUUUGUGUG